UACCAAAACGGAAGUCAGCUUUCUCCUUCACCAACCAUCUAUUCUCUCUCGGACUUUCUUUCUUUUCUUAUUCUUUAAUUUAUUUUUAUUUCUUCUUUGAACGACAAAGUAUCACAGUUUUUAUUGAAAGAUAAUUUAUUGAUUAAAGUAAAAAAAAUGCAGAAAAGAUGACAGACUAAUUUUUUUCAUAGGCAACAGAGAAUAUAUAGAUGAAAAGAGAGAAGUUGACAGACUUGUAUAAGCAAAAAUGCAAAGGAAUCUGAAUGAGCAAUACCAACAAAUUCUACCCGUAAAGCCAUAAGAGAUUGGAUCUGGAUGCUGCUUUAAUCGGGUUUUCCGCAUCGAGUUGCUCAACAAACUUUACCAGGUUUACUUCUAAAUAUUGAUGUGUUCGAUGAUCAUGUUCCCCAUGGAGUUUUGAGCUUCUUAACAAGGGCAAUACUUCUUAUAUCUCAAAGCUGAAGAUCUCUGGAAUCAAGUAGUUAAAGCUGUAGAAUAAGUAUGGCAGUUUCCAUGAGAGAUUUAGAUUCAGCGUUUCAGGGAGCUGGACAAAAGGGUGGAAUUGAGAUAUGGCGGAUUGAAAACUUUCGUCCUGUUUCUGUGCCGAAGUCUUCUCAUGGAAAGUUUUUCACAGGGGAUUCCUAUGUGAUUUUGAAGACAACUGCCUUAAAAACCGGUGCCUUACGCCACGAUAUUCAUUAUUGGCUUGGUAAAGAUACCUCCCAGGAUGAAGCAGGUACCGCAGCAGUCAAGACAGUUGAACUGGAUGCAGCUCUUGGAGGACGUGCUGUUCAGUAUCGCGAAGUACAGGGCCAUGAAACUGAGAAGUUCCUGUCUUAUUUCAAGCCAUGCAUCAUACCUCAGGAAGGUGGGGUUGCAUCUGGGUUUAAACAUGCUGAAGCUGAAGAGCACAAGACACUAUUGUUCGUUGUUAAAGGAAAACAUGUUGUGCACGUGAAAGAGGUUACUUUUACUCGCUCAUCACUGAAUCAUGAUGACAUUUUUAUUCUCGAUACCAAGUCUAAAAUAUUUCAAUUUAAUGGUUCCAAUUCAUCCAUUCAAGAGAGGGCAAAGGCACUUGAAGUUGUGCAGUACAUAAAAGAUACCUAUCAUGAUGGAAAAUGUGAGGUUGCUGCCAUUGAGGAUGGCAAGUUGAUGGCUGAUGCUGAAACUGGAGAAUUUUGGGGUUUUUUUGGUGGCUUCGCUCCACUUCCAAGGAACGCAGCCAAUGAAGAGGAAAAGACAGUUGAUUCUCAGGAUACUAAGCUACUUCGCGUUGAAAAUGGUCAAGCAGAACCUCUUGAGGAUGUUUCUCUGACAAGGGAGUUGCUAUACACAAAUAAAUGCUAUCUUCUAGAUUGUGGGCUUGAAGUGUUUGUGUGGAUGGGGAGAAAUACUUCUCUUGAUGAAAGGAAGAGUGCAAGUGGAGCUGCAGAAGAGUUAAUCCGUGGUGCUGAUCGAUCAAAAUCUCACAUAAUUCGUGUCAUUGAGGGAUUUGAGACGGUGAUGUUUCGGUCAAAGUUUGAAUCAUGGCCUCAAACAGCUAAUGUGGCUGUCUCUGAGGAUGGCAGAGGCAAGGUUGCAGCACUUCUAAAACGUCAGGGGGUCAAUGUUAAGGGCCUUUUGAAAGCUGCUCCUGUUAAAGAAGAACCUCAACCAUACAUUGAUUGCACAGGAAGUCUGCAGGUUUGGCGUGUUAAUGGCAGUGAAAAGAUUCUCCUUCCAGCUUCCAGUCAGUCAAAAUUCUACAGUGGAGACUGUUAUAUUUUUCAGUAUACAUAUCCAGGGGAAGAUAGAGAGGAAUACCUCAUAGGAACAUGGUUUGGAAAGCAGAGUGUUGAGGAAGAAAGGGCUUCAGCCAUUGCUUUGGCAAGCAAGAUGGUUGAGUCAUUGAAGUUUUUGCCUACCCAGGCUCGCUUUUAUGAAAGCAAUGAACCGAUUCAGUUCUUUUCAAUCUUUCAGAGCUUUAUUGUUUUCAAGGGUGGAGUUAGUGAUGAAUACAAGAAGUACAUUGCAGAGAAGGAAAUCACUGACAAGACUUACAAUGAAGAUGGCAUCGCACUAUUUCGAGUUCAAGGUUCUGGACCUGAUAAUAUGCAAGCAAUACAAGUUGAACCAGUUGCGUCGUCUUUGAAUUCCUCCUACUGUUACAUUUUACAUAGUGGCUCCACCGUCUUUACAUGGUCUGGAAGCCUGACGACUCCAGAGGACCAGGAACUUAUUGAGAGACAGCUGGAUUUGAUUAAGCCAAAUCUCCAAUCCAGGCCACAAAAGGAAGGUGUAGAAUCAGAGCAAUUUUGGGAUUUGUUAGGAGGAAAAGCUGAAUACUCCAGUCAAAAAAUUGGGAGAGAAGCUGAAAGUGAUCCUCACCUCUUCUCUUGCACAUUUGCAAAAGGAAAUCUGAAGGUGACAGAGAUAUACAACUUCACCCAGGACGAUUUGAUGACUGAAGAUAUAUUCAUCAUGGAUUGUCAUUCGGAUAUAUUUGUCUGGGUUGGGCAACAGGUUGACCCCAACAAUAAAGUGCAUGCUUUAACUAUUGGAGAGAAAUUUCUUGAACAUGAUUUUCUAUUGGAAAAUUUGUCUGCUGAGGCACCAAUAUAUGUUAUCAUGGAAGGGAGUGAACCGCCUUUCUUCACACGUUUCUUUACUUGGGAUUCUGCAAAAUCUGCUAUGCACGGAAACUCAUUCCAGAGGAAGCUGGCCAUAGUCAAAGGUGGAGGGACUCCAGUUAUUGAUAAACCCAAACGACGAACACCUGUAUCAUAUGGAGGUCGGUCUAGUGUGCCAGAUAAAUCACAGCGUUCCAGAAGCAUGUCUUUCAGUCCUGAUCGAGUUCGCGUGAGGGGUAGGUCGCCAGCCUUUAAUGCACUAGCUGCUAAUUUUGAGAACUCCAAUGCAAGGAACCUUUCAACUCCACCACCAGUUGUUAGAAAGAUUUACCCAAAAUCAGUAACCCCAAAUUCAGCAGAACGGCCUUCCAAAUCUUCAGCUAUUGCUGCACUGACUUCAAGUUUUGAACAACCACCACCUGCACGGGGGAGUCUUAUACCUCGAUCUGUCAAAGGGAGCCCAGAAGCACCCAAAACACCAGAUUCAAAUUCCAAGGAGAACCCCAUGAGCAGCAGAAUUGAAUCUCUCACCAUAAAAGAAGAUGUGAAAGAAGGUGAAGCUGAAGAUGACGACGGACUCCCGAUAUACCCAUAUGAACGUCUGAAAAUUAAUUCAACUGAUCCUAUUACAGAAAUUGAUGUGACCAAGCGAGAGACUUACUUGUCAUCGGAAGAGUUCAGUGAAAAGUUUGGAAUGGCGAAGGUUGCCUUUUAUAAAAUGCCUAAAUGGAAACAGAACAAGCUUAAAAUGUCCCUUCAACUGUUUUGAAUCUCCUUGGUACAUCUGUUUUUUCUUCAGCUUCCUACAGUUAGGAUGGCAGGUGGAAAUAAUAUAAUUAUAUUUCUCGGGAGCGAAUGGGAGGGACAUCAGUGCAUUUUAAGCUGCAUCUGCUCCCAAGAAUCUUGCUUUCAUGAUUGACAAAAAGAAUCACAGAUUUUUCCCAAAUUUUCCUUCCUGUUGGUUUGAUGUCUAGCUUUGGUUUCUUUUACUGUCUUCUAGUUUAUUUAUUUAUUUUUUUGCCCCGGCUGAGUUAGCUGCUUGGUAUUCUUUACGGUCACAGGUUUGCUUUGAGCUUGCAAUUUUUUUUUUCACUGUAAAGAAAAUUUUUGUCAGUGGAGGAAUUAGAGGAUUUCAAAUGCAGACAAUUAGGAUGCAUUGUACUGGUGAGGUUGGAAGUGUGUACUGCUGAGUGUAAAAGCUGAGACCACUCAUAACUUGUUUUGAUAAUAAAGUGUGAUUUCUUGGGAGUCUUUUAUA